CACUACAGAUGCGGUUGUUAACGAAUGGUCUAACGAUCCGUCAAUGAUCCAAAAUAUGACACGUACGGAUCUCACUGAGACUAGCACAGCUUAGAUAAUGCAAUAAUGAUGUACCAUAUCAGUGUCGGAGGAUUUCUUUCUUUCUAGGGUUUGUUUUCAUUGACAGAAUUACUCUUCUGAUUGCAAAGAUUUGAGGGAAAAAAGGGGGAAAUUUUCUUUUUGACCAUUUGAAUUCUCAUUUCCUCAAUCUAUAAUUAGUAAACCAGAUAAGAAAAUUAGGUUAUUUGUAUUUGAUCUUUUGUCUCUGGUUUCAAUUGGGAAAAAGAGCUAAUUAUUUGGAUACUGAGAGUUAAAUUUGCUGAUAUUCUUAUGAGAUUAAGCUUCACAUUUGAUUUUGCGCGGAAAUGGAUCUUAAAGUGUUAUCUGUACCACAAUAUCACGGAGUUCAGCUUCCUCCAAUAUCCAUAUUGAUUGUUAAAAGAACUAAGUGUAAUCCUCUGGUUUGUGAUCGUAGAGUUUCUUCUGGUCCCUUUCGGGAAACCUUUCCAGUGUUGUGCACUAGAUGGAAAAAUAUUAGAGCCCAAUGCAAUGAUAGCGAACAAAGCAUUCAUCAAUCUUCAGUUUCCAGGAGUGACAAUGUGAGACUGCCUGAACUAGCCUUUGACCGGUUGCAGCUCACUGAUGAGGAAUAUUGUGGAAUCCAAACACGAGGCUUUGGUCAUUUUGUUGCUCGUGGUGCCGUUUUAGAUGAAGAGUACUGGACAGCUGCGUGGUUGCGAGCAGAAGCCCAUUAUGAAUCGUUACCAUAUAUGCGGCAUGUUGAUAGCUUCAAAAGGAAGUACGCUGAGCAGCAGGAGUUUUAUGCUUUGAAAAAGCAGUGUUCACUGCGGGAUGGAAACUCAUUGAAGUGCUUUUGCCUUGUUUCAGUGAAAAAAGAAGACAAAAAUGUUAAGCGUACUGUUUUGAAGAGCGUUGUUGGAACUUUGGACCUAAGCAUUCGGCAGUUCUUGCCAGGAGAAACCUUCCCAGGAGAGCUUAAGAAACCCACCACUUUUCUAGCAAGCCAUGGUGCCUAUGGUGCACAUAGAUAUGCUUAUAUUGCAAAUAUUUGCAUGUCGAAGUUUGCUCGUCGCCAGGGAAUUGCUUUUAAUAUGUUGCAUCUGGCCAGUGAUCUUGCUACUGCAACAGGUAUGAAACAGCUAUUCGUCCAUGUAAACUUUGACAACAAUCCUGCCCAAGAACUGUAUAAGAAAUUCGGCUUUGAGAUGGUAGAAGCUGCCUCAUCUCCUUCGGCAAAUGAUCCGAGGCUUCUGAUGUCCAUGCAGUUGUGAGUCGGUAGAUAUGCGAAGAUUCAACAAAAAGAACCUGCAUCACUUAGCUUGUAAAUAGUUCUGUAAUUGUAAGUCUUUUUAUCAUUAUUUCGAUGGUAAAUAUUUUAGGGCGUCUGGUAUGCGUUCUCUCAAAAGCAACAUUUUUUCACUUGUUGUCUUUAUUUGUCUUGUAAAAAUCAAAAACUGAUGUCUUCACCGGUUCUUAUCUAAUCAAUUGUACAUGCUUGAGUUCUCA